GUCUAGCCCUCAUUAGUCAGUGUCAGGAGGGGGGCACGGAGGCUCUUUUGGACACAUCCUCUCUGAGAAUUCGGGGUCCACCCCCCACUGAUUCUUGAUGCAAGAGGCGCCUGGUACCAUGAAACGCCGAUGGAAGGCAAUUUGGCUGCUAGUUCUGGCAUUAAAGGCCUUCGGGCUGAAAGAAGGAGAUCCAGUGGUCUCCGUGGGCUUGCGGUGCUUGUGUCUGUUACCCAGCUGGGUGAUGAACUGCAGCUGGUCUGCGCCCGAUGUCAACGCCACCUACGUCCUCGUCUACCGGAGCCUUAGACUCCACCCUGAUGAGAUCCGCAAUGCAACGGGGCGACCGGGACAGAACUGGAUAGCCGUGGCCAGAAGCAACCUGACACUGGGAGAUGACUACAGCGCAUGGCUGGAGGUUCUCCAUGCACCUGGGGUGGAAGCGUCCGAAAAGUUAAACUUCAGCCUGGACGACAUAGGGAAACCCCCUGCUCCUGAGCUGGACCCUGUGGCGGUGAGUUCCUCUGGUGCUAUGGUGAGAUGGAAGAACCCGUCCUGGUCAGAAGAGUUAACGCAUCACUCCGUGGUCUGUCAGCUUCGGUACAAGGCCUCCAAAGAUGCCGUGUGGACCCAGCUGGAGGUGGACCACGUCUCCCAAGAGGGCCACGAGCUCGAAGACCUGGAGCCCUUCACUUGGUACGAGGUGGAGGCCCGUUGCGUCUUGGAAGACGGACAAGGCUUCUGGAGUGAAUGGAGCUCUCCCCAAACCUUCAGAACCCCCGAGGCCGCUCCGUUGGGCCAGGUAGACGUAUGGCGGGAAGUUCACCAUUCAGAGAAUUCGGGACGAACAUGCCAUCUUCUGUGGAAGGCUCUCGAUCGAGAAGCGGCCAGAGGGGACAUCCUGAACUACACCGUGGUCUUCUGGGACCGCCAUCUCCCCGGCCCUCGGGAGGUACGGGUACGGACUGCGCAGAGCCUGGGUCUCAGUGUGACUUGGACGUUCAGCCCCAGCCCUGGGGGGGUCCAACCUGAGCAGUUUGUGGUGGAGUGGAGAGAAGAGAUUUCCGGGGAGUUGUUGGGUUGGAUCCCCCAACCUGUGGAGAGCAGAAGCACCCUCCUGAGAGGUGGCUUCAGACCCAAGGAGCCCUACCUGGUGUCCGUUUAUGCGGCCUAUGCUCAAGGAAGCAGCUCCUCGGUGCCUGUUCGAGCCUACGUCCAGGAAGGAG